ACUGAUGCAACUGCACAUAGAGGCUGCAGUUACCAAUCUGUACCAGCAGGUGGCGGGGCUGUUCGAUGUAAACAGGUCAGCCAUGGGACUGCCUUGCCUUGAUCUCCAUUUUGUAUGUUUUUUUCCUUGAGGUUAGCGCCUACUUUUCUAAUGGCUAGUUGCACAGCGUUACCCGUGUGAAAUUCGGCAUGACUUCUUGCAGCUGAAUCAAGCUGAACGACCGAGAAAUAGCUGGAUACGGCCCAGACGGCUGCAUUUAGCAGUGGGAUCUGACCAUGUAGCGUUGAAAUGACUGGAGACGAGUAGCGUCAACAGAAUCAGUCAGCGUAUUGUGAACUGCCACUUUCAACCAAAACAAUGUUGACUGGCAACCUGUGGACACAUAUCAGCAACCAGCCAUGUCAAGGAUGGAUCAAGGUGGAGUGAAGAAGAUAACAUACAGAAGAGAUGACCAUCUUAGCAAACUGGUCUACACUGAAAGUCCUGAGGAGGGAGGUCUGCUAAAAGUGGCUCCACACAGUGCCAUGUCCAUUAACUCUGCCACGUCUGUCGUUCUUCCGUCAAGCCCGUUAAUGCAGCCAGGACAAGUGACCAACGGUCUCAGCAGCAGUCCCCUUCCAGAAGAGCUCACCCCGGCCCCUACCAGUAUAGGCUUUUUGCUUGACACUCAAGAGCCCAAGGACACUACCAAAGAUCAAAGGCCCCAGCAGGCAUUUCCGACGCAGACUUCCAACACGUUUGGACAGCAACAUUUACCCCAGUUGGAGACCAGUAUAGCUGAUUCGACAGAGUCCCCCAUGGAUUCUCUCAUCGGAGGAUCAGAUCCCAACUUCUUUGCCAUGAAAACUGAGGAUUUUUCCAUGGAUAAAGUGGAGCAGGACCCUAUUGAUCUUGAUAAUGCAUUUGAUAAUAUUGGCAAAGAUGUAGAACUGAACCAGAAGUUGUUCAAUGACACGACUCUGGACCUGCUACAAGACUUUGAUCUUUCUGCAUCUCCGUCCGAUUUUUAUGUCGGCCAUGAUGCUUUCCUGUCCCCGAUGGAUAACGAUCCCUUUCUUGUGGACGGGGAUAUUAGAGGGACAUCUGAGAGAGACAUUAAACCAAUGGUGGUUGAGAGCAAUGCCGCCAUUGGGGCUGUGUCUCUUUCCUCCAAUGGUGCGAGCCUGACGAGUCCAGAGCAGUGCAGUCCAGGCCUGUCUACUGCUGCUUCUUUGGCCUCCUCAAACACUUUACCCGCUUUGGUGAAGAAAGAAAAAGAUUCUGACUUCAUUCAGCUCUGCACCCCUGGUGUGAUCAAACAGGAAAAGGCCUCGGCAGGCCACAGUUAUUGCCAAGUGAGCGGGACCUCUUCAGACACGCCAGGUACCACCCCCAUCUCUAUUUGUGGGGUGAGCACUUCAGGAGGACAGAGCUACCACUUCGGUGUCAACCCCAGAAAAAACGAAGCUCAGCAGAAGGACCAGAAGCCAGUAACUGGCUUGUAUCUCCCAAUAACAACCAUUGGUGGAGCCUGGAUCAGGAGCCAGGGAGUUGGGAACAACUCUACAAUCCACAGGGCCAGUGAGGCUUUCUCAAGUUCUCCCAACUCCACAAGCUUUGCAAGUUCCACCUCCAGGUCAGAAGGAGGCACUCCUUCAUCCACAGUGCAGGGAAAAACGGGGACUCAUAAAAUCUGCCUGGUCUGUUCCGAUGAGGCGUCCGGCUGUCACUACGGCGUUCUAACCUGCGGCAGCUGCAAAGUUUUCUUCAAGAGAGCAGUGGAAGGCCAGCAUAAUUACCUGUGCGCUGGAAGGAACGACUGCAUUAUAGACAAGAUACGGCGGAAAAACUGCCCAGCAUGCCGCUUCCGCAAGUGUCUGAUGGCCGGCAUGAACCUGGAAGCUCGCAAAACCAAGAAGUUGAACCGUUUAAAGGGCUGCCAGAACAGCAACCCGCCGGAGAUGAUCCCUUCACCGCCAGUUGAGGCCCGCUCACUCGUUCCCAAAUGCAUGCCGCAACUGGUCCCCACCAUGCUCUCCCUGCUGAAAGCCAUUGAGCCGGACACUCUCUUCGCCGGCUACGACAGCACCCUGCCCGACACCUCCACACGCCUCAUGACCUCUCUCAACAGGCUGGGCGGGCGACAGGUCAUCUCUGCUGUGAAAUGGGCCAAAGCUCUACCAGGAUUCAGAAACCUGCACCUGGAUGACCAGAUGACCCUGCUGCAGUGCUCAUGGCUUUUCCUCAUGACUUUCGGUUUGGGCUGGAGGUCUUACCAACAGUGCAACGGCAACAUGCUGUGCUUUGCUCCGGACCUCGUCGUGAAUGAGGAGCGGAUGAAGCUGCCCUUCAUGGCUGACCAGUUCGAGCAAAUGCUGAAGAUUUCCAACGAGUUUGUCCGGCUGCAGGUUUCCCAUGAGGAGUACCUGUGCAUGAAGGUUCUGCUGCUGCUCAGCACAGUGCCAAAGGACGGCCUGAAAAGCCAGGCGGUGUUUGAUGAGCUCCGUAUGUCCUACAUCAAAGAGCUGGGAAAAGCGAUUGUGAAGCGGGAGGAGAACUCCAGCCAGAACUGGCAACGUUUCUACCAGCUCACCAAGUUGCUGGACUCCAUGCAUGAGAUGGCGGGAGGCUUGCUCAGCUUCUGCUUCUACACCUUCGUGAACAAAUCCCUAAGUGUGGAGUUUCCAGAGAUGCUGGCAGAAAUCAUCAGCAACCAGUUACCAAAAUUCAAAGCCGGGAGCGUCAAGCCUCUGCUCUUCCACCAGAGGUGACUGAUUCAUGUGACACAAUGCCUUAAAAUCCCACCACAACACCUCAGCAGCCCAACAAAACUCCCCCGUCAAAGAGAGAGAAGCGUCAACUAAAGGACCUGCCGUCUUAAGCUAAGAGAGAAUGGGGUUUUCAGAAACGAGUAUGCAACUUUGGGUGGAAAAAAAAAAAGAAAAGCGAUGUUUAUGUAUAAAAAAAACCCCGACUAUGAGCAUGAAAGGUUUUGUUUGUGGAACAGUAAGAUGUAGUGUGUGAAACCGAGUAGGAAGUUUUCGUCACAGGUAAUUGCAAAUAGAAAUAGGCUAACAUUGCUGUUGUCUCAGGUGUCUUACCUCAAAAUUCAGAGCGAUAUCUGAAGCAGAUAUUUACAGAACAGAACAAAUAUCUAUGUACAGAUUCUAAUAGUAUUUUCUACAUUUUCACAUUAAGACAGUUUAUACAAUAUUUCCAGGUCGUAGUUACCUGAGAAGGUAGCAAAGCUUAAUAUCACACUCUUAAGGUAAGCUUUUUAUUUUUAGUUUUUAUAGGUUGCUUUUUUUUGGUUUAACAGGGGAAAAAGUCUGUUUUCUAAUGAUUUUAAGAAGCAUUUUUCUUUGUGUUGAUUAACUUUUUGGACAUUAGCAGUCGGUCCACUUUUUAAAGAAUGAUUUCUCCCAUAAGCCAACCUUUUCCAGGUUUACAUGUCAGUUACAAAAGGGAAAAAGAUGUGCCUUUUUUGCUUCAAAUAGCCAUUUUCUUCCUGCUGUACUUCAACCUGUCAUGUCAUAGUUGAUUGUACUUUUUUAUAUUACACACAGUUGCAGCUUUCUGUUUUUUGAUGGCUGUUAAAUCUUUAGAAGAAGUGGCAGCUCGGUCCAUCCUCGAUGUGUAGAAAAAUGAUCCUCGUGACGCGGAAAUCUCACCCCAGCCUGCUCUCCUCCUUUGUGAUCUUUCGCACACUCUGCUGCACAAGUGCGUUUUCAAGCACUUUUUUUUUGUUCCGCGAAAGGCUUUAAAAAGACUGUGAAGAAAGACUGUUAAUCCGUGCUAGUCUUUCAUACUUUAGGUUAGAAGUUACAACUUUUUUAAGAGGGAAACGGCCCCACACUCCUGUCCAAGCAGUCGAGUAAUAAAAAGCCGAUGGAUUUCCGUCGUCACACAUGAGGGGGGUCGCUUCAUUCUUGUGGCGAGUUUAUGAUCCUUCAGGAAUAUUGAAGUGGUUUUAACAGGACUCAAACCCUCUGUGUUUGUUUUUUUUACAGUGGUUUUGGUAAAAUAAAAGAAAACCUAAAAAAAAGUAAUAUUUUCACCAGUGACUCUCCCGCUGUCUUUGCUCUCAGUUAGCAUCUUAUUUUUACGAGUAAUGUUUCUAUCGGUAGCCGACGUAUUAAUUGUUUCUAUGUUGAAUAAAUAGUUGAACAAUUUUGGAA